GUCUCGGAGCUGGAGAGCAAAUUAUCAGAGGAGGAGCGGCAGCGAGAAGCGGCCGACUCCGCCGCGGCCAUUGAAACGGAACGGCUGAGGCAGCAGGUUUCUCAGCUGCACGCCACCUUGACCGAUCAACAGCAGCACGAGUCGGGUGGCUCUGCCGUGACCGCUGAGGCAGAGCAGUUGAGGCAGCAGGUCUUGGAGCUAGAGGCCAAGUUGUCCGAGGAGAGGCGGCAGCGCGAGCAUGCCUACUCCGCCACCGUUGAUGCAGGUCUGAGGCAGCAGGUGUCGGAACUUCAGACCAGGCUGUCCGAG